UUUCUUGGGUUUGAGGACAGCCGUGCAGAUGUAUCCAGCCAGACCCUUGAAAAGUCUUCCGAAACGAGGACAAGUGGAGCUCCUGGAGCAGCGGCAUCACAGGAUGGAGAAGUGGUGCCACGAACCAGCAGCGGACUAGCUUCGGGGAUUGGUUCGUACUUCAGGCCGGAUCUCCUACAGGGGUCGUCAGAGGAUGACGAGGUGGAAGUGCAGGAUGAUCCAGUUGCUACAUCCCUGCCUGCCCAAAUGAAUGUGGUGGCAGACAUCCAGGAAGGGCAGAAUCCCUCAACUGUUCAGAGGGUUCACACCCUGGCAUCAGAGAUUGGGACACGCCAGGAUACAUACACAAAUGUUGUGGGAAGCAGACUGGACAACAUUGAGAGGACAAUGGAGAAAAUGUCCAACAAUCUGCAUGAACUGCAGAAGACUAUUUCCGACAGCACGGCCACAAUACUACAGAUCAUAAUUGAAGAUCGUAGGGAGAAUAGGAACAUACUUAACAUCAUGUCCGAUUCCUUGGUCAAGCUUGUGGAAAAAAACACAUGUUUGGCAGAAAGCAAUAAGAACAUGUCGGAUAGUCAUCGACACUCCGCUUCCAGCCAACAGGUCAUGGCAACCACACUGCAGAUGAUCUAUGAUAAGCUCCCAGUACCAGCUCAUCAACACGCUGGUGAUCCACCAUAUCCGCCGUCUCAAGCCACAAGGACGCAUCGUACCCUUCCUCAAGUCCCAUCCCAGUACAGUCAGUCACAGAUGUACCAGGGAUAUACAGGGAUGUACCCCACCCCCCAGAUGCCUCCACCACCAGCCGCACAUUCUUCAACAGCAUGGGCACCGAGGGCCAGUCGACAUACUCCCCAGCAUCCCAGGACAUCCACGCCCUAUCAGGGGGAAGAAGAGGAUCCGGACAGACUUCCACCAUAAACCCGGUCGUAUUAUUUUAUUUUAUUUUAAAUGUUUUUCAUGUAUCCCUGUCUUCCCCUCCCAUUAGUUUGUUGUUUUUCUUACUAUUGUUUAUUAUUUG